GCGCCGUGCGAUGCCCCGCCCCCUCGCAGCGAAGCCCCUCCCCUCCUCGUCGCGACCCCGCCCCCUCGGCGCAGCUCUCGCGAGAGUUGGCGGGAGCGGGCCGGGCGCUGCCCGUGAGGAACCGCGGCCGCGCCAGGAGCCGCCGUCUCCGCUUCAGCCUCGCCCGCCAUGAGCUUCCUCUUCGGGAGCCGAUCUUCAAAAACCUUCAAACCCAAGAAGAACAUUCCCGAGGGCUCCCAUCAGUACGAACUCCUGAAACAUGCGGAGGCGACGCUGGGGAGCGGGAACCUCAGACAAGCGGUUAUGUUGCCGGAGGGAGAGGAUCUUAACGAGUGGAUCGCAGUUAACACGGUGGAUUUCUUCAACCAAAUCAACAUGCUGUACGGGACCAUUACAGAGUUCUGCACGGAGACCAGCUGCCCGGUCAUGUCCGCGGGACCCAGGUACGAGUACCACUGGGCAGACGGCACCAACAUAAAGAAGCCCAUCAAGUGCUCGGCUCCCAAGUACAUCGAUUACUUGAUGACGUGGGUGCAGGACCAGCUGGACGACGAGACGCUCUUCCCCUCCAAGAUCGGCGUCCCUUUUCCCAAGAACUUCAUGUCGGUGGCCAAGACGAUCCUGAAGCGGCUGUUCCGCGUGUACGCCCACAUCUACCACCAGCACUUCGACUCGGUGAUGCGGCUGCAGGAGGAGGCUCAUCUCAACACCUCCUUCAAGCACUUUAUCUUCUUUGUGCAGGAAUUCAACUUGAUCGACAGGCGGGAGUUGGCUCCUCUGCAGGAACUGAUUGAGAAGUUGGGCUCUAAGGACAGAUAAACCUCUCCAGGGAAAAGACCCUUUGGACUCUCUGCUUAGUUCACCGGCCACUUCUACGCUUUGCCUUCAGUGAUGGCAUCAGUCUUGGAGGCCGAGCAUCACUGUAAAACACCAUAGAUGUUUGGCUCUGCUGGGUUUUGAUGCUACACCCUCCAGGCCAGCAAGAACAGCAGCCUGGUUUAAGAUGGGACUUAAGCACUGUCCAGCUGCUGUUCUCCUUUCAGAGGCCAAGUUUUGUUACAGCCCAGCUCUGGUUGAAGCGUUUGGUUUGGACAAGGUGCACCUAGAGCCUUAGCUCCCCUUGGCAUUGGAAGGACAAGUGCCUGGUGUCAAGAGCAGCACCCUGGGGCUGCAUGGCAAUAAGAAGAAUAAAGUUUCUCCUCCUUCCUGCUCUUUUUUCA